UGGAUACGCCGCUGAACUGGUGGUACUUUGCAGGAGAAAAUAAGGUGACAACUGGACUCGAAGAUAAGGUGUAAAUUUCUUUUUUUUACGCAGCGUGCUUAGUCGAUCAUUUUUUUCAAAAAUGCAACGCUAGUUUGUAUUGUUUUCAGAUACAUCUUUACUUAAAAUGGCAUUACCACGUUUAUUUCAUCACAUUGACGGUAUCGAAGCCGUUUUAGUAUUAGAUAAAGAUGGUGCAGCUAUUUUAAAAUUACCCAAUGUACAAACUGUUGAUAAUUUACAAUUAGUCAUACCUCCAGCACAAGUAUUAAGUGAUCAAAGUCAAAGAAUGAAUCUAAAAAAGAUAAAAACAGUUGUCGCAUAUUGGUCAUCACGACAAAUUAUUACGUAUAAUGUACAACCUUUCAUAUUUGUUGUUGCUGCUGAUACAAAUGUGAAUACAGGAGCAUUAUUAAAUUUAUAUAAAGAUUUUUGUCAAAUUGGAGAAGAACUAAGUAAAAUCAAAAUGGUGUCAACAGAUGAUUACUAUUUUGAUGAAUAUACCGACGAAUAUGACGUCGACUCACUGUUUACUUAUCGAGAUUGGACAGUGGAUGAAAAAUCCUAUUUCGAUGAGUAUUUAUCUCAUAUUGACAGUGGUGUAAGCCUAACAUCUUUAUCGGGUAUUCGCGGUGUUCAAAUGUGUUUAAUGAUGAAGAUGAUCUCAUUAUCCAUCGAUUAUAAAUAUUUUGAACAACAAUACUCAUCAUCAGAUGAAGAUGAUCAGCAACAAACGAAAGAACACGACACACUCGUUAAAUGUCCAUCUACCAUAGAAUUUUUAAGUUAUAUAUUAUCUAUUAAUAAUACAGUAUUUGGACCAUGGCUAAACUAUCGAAAUUAUAUUAAGUAUUUUCAACCAAAGAAGAAUAUUGUUGUUAUUCGAAAAAUAGAUUUUUUCGAAUUAAGUAAAUGGUUCUAUUGUCUAUUUAAAAUAUGUCUAUGUUUAAUUAUAUCAAAUUGUUUCACAGAUUGGUUACAACAGAUUACAAUUUCUUUUAGUAGUAAUACAGAUGGUAGUGGCGGUUGGACAAAUGCUUAUCUUCAAGCGUUAACAUAUCGUUUUAGUCAUUAUUGUAUAUGUUUUAUAGGUGAAUUAUUUGGACUCGUUAGUGGUAUUGAAUUUGAUGUUGAAGAUUAUAAAAAUUAUCAAGAAAUACAUCAACAAUAUACAGAAAAAUUAAAUGUAAUUAAACAAGUUAUAACACAAAUUCCAUCAAGAAAAAAGUCACACGAGAAGAAAAAUAAACAGUUAUCGAAGAAAGUAAAUGAACUCAAGGAAGAUGACAAACACGAAGAACUUUUGUUAAAAAUGUCAUCAGUCAUAAUGGAUAACAAGGAUCCAAUGAUAUCGAAUACUGUUGAAAUAAUUGAAACUAAUAAAGAUGAUGUAGAAGAAGACUCAUCAGCAAAUAUGGACGAAAACAAACUCAGCAUUCCAGAAGAAUUAACAAAUUCAAAUUAUUUAGACACGACCGAAACAAUGAACGAUAAUCAUGAUGAUAACAUAGAAGGUGGUAAUCAUUCGGAAAUAAUUCAUCAUGAUGAUAAGAUAAAAGUGUAUCCUCUGCGAUAUCGUUCACCGAUUAUUCGACGUUCAACAAAUACAAUAGCAAAGAAAAAACCAUUAUCAUCAACAUCAUUAAAGCGAAAAGUAGUUUCAUCCCAUUUAUCCUCUUCUAUCUCGUCUAAACAACAGACAUCUGUACCAAUAACAAAGAAAUCUUCGUCAUUGUCAUCAUCGGUAUUGUCUCGAUCCUCAUCAAUUGUUAAACCGUAUGAAAUUGAAUUUCCUCAUUCACUUGUUGAUGUUGUUAUUAAUUGGAAUAUUCCCAUGCAUUAUUGGUUAAAAAUCUAUGUUUAUAAAUUAAUGAAAUCAAAAUAUAGUCAUUUUUCAUCGAUAUUUGUUACAUAUUUAGCAUCAGCUUUAUUACACGGAUUUAAUUUUCAGUUAUCAAUUGUUCUUUUGUCAAUUGGUAUCUUUGCCUAUGUUGAAUAUGGUUUUCGUAAAAAAUUAUCAGAAGUUUUAGACUCAUGUGUUAUGGCGAAAUAUUGUUCAUCAUGUGAUCAUACUCACACAUAUUGGCAUCCAUUAACAUUUACAGUAAAUUGUUUAUUAUCUGCUUUAAGUCUGUGGCAUUUAACAUAUCUUGGGCAAUUAUUUGAUAAUUCACAGCAACAAUAUAUUGGUUAUAGUUUACAGCAUACAUUAGAAAAAUGGUCAAAAUUAAAUUUUGCUAGUCAUAUUGUUGUUAUUUGUACAUACGCAGUAUUCAGAUCGUUGUAA